GAAUCCAUCAUGGCGUCUAAUCACAACACGUGAAUGUCAAACGAAAUUAACGAUGAUUUUACCGGUUUUUGAUCAAAUUUAAGCUAAAUUUCGAAUUAUGUACAGAUUACUUAAGUAUAAUAGUGCAAUACUGGGUGGUUCACCGAAGUUGUCGUUAGGUAAAUUAGGGGAAAAUGAUUAUUUGGUCGGUGAAAAAACGUGUGAACUUUGUAGGCAUUUAAAUAGGACAUCCAGAGUUAAUUUAAGGUUUCAAUCGACGAUAACAAGUCCAAAUCCCUCACAGACAGUGAAGAAGAAAGGAAAAGUAAAAAGAAAGUAUGCGGAACUUUUGGCAGUUGACCAAAACAGCACAGUCCAACAAAAAGCCACCAUAAAAAGACUGACAUCCAAAGACAUGAAGCUAUUCACGAGUACAAAUUUAAACUUGAGCGAGUUAUAUAAAUUAAAGGAUAUGGCUAAAACGCUGCAAAUAUCUGGAGAACACACCUAUAAUAGUCUAGGAAUAAUACAUAAUUUUGCUGCAAAUAGUUCUUCAAAUGAAGAAGUCCACAGUUUAAUUAAUAAUGAUGUGACAUAUUAUAAUGUGCCAGCUUUGUAUCCUGUUGAUGUGGAAAGUAAUUUAAGUUUAAAUAAUGUGGAGGAGAGUGUAAAUAGAGAGUUUAUGGAUGGGCAGACUGAAAUUUUUGACGAUUUAGCUUUGCAUAGAAUACCGUCAAAAGCCGGCACAUUCCUGCCAGAAACGGAAGAAGACCAUCACGAACCGAUGGAGGUGGUGGAGGAAAUAAAAGAUCCCAGAGAAUUGACGAAAAAAACCAAAGUCGACCAAAAAUACCGCGAAAAAAUCGUGAACAAAACCCUGGCGGCGUACCUAGAACUGUGGUGUCACUUGAAGCAACCGCAGCGAGGUUUGCAAGCUUUAAUUUUUCACAAAAACCGCAGAAAGAAGAAUAAGGAUGGUAACGUGCCACCGAUAACGAGUAUUAAGGUUUAUAAUGCGUUGCUGAAGGGUUUCGCGAGUAAGGGAAAUUUCGAGAAAAUGCAGGAAAUACUUGAAAUGGUUGCUGAAGACAACAUCUCGUUGGAUUUGCAAAGUUACAUAGCUAUAAUGGAAUGUCUGGGUAGGCGCAACAUAGACAACAUCCUAACAAAACAAAUUCGAAUAUUUUCCAAGGAAGCAUCAUCAAAAGGUUUCACUUUUUCCAAGAUGAUGAACGACGGGUGUUUUUUGUGCGACGAAAGGGCAAUGGUUCUAAAAGCUAUGCAUUCCGUGGACCCGGAUUUCCAGAUUUACUUGGACACACCAAAAUUGCAUUACCGGAACAUGUUGGUGAAUCAUUUGAACGAAGACAGUCAGCUCGAGAAGAAGAUUGAGCAGUUUGAAGAAAAAGGCGGUCUUUUUACUCCGGAUAGUUUAAAAAGUAAAAUACAGGAACAGCUCGAUUUGGAAAUUGAGGGAUAUGUCACGAUCAAGAGCAUAGAAAGCAAAGGCGCGCCCUCCGAAGACGUGAAACGCUACCGCGAGCUCUUACAAGAGCACUACAAAACCUGGGAGGAGUCUGCACACGUCGCGUUCGUUCGCGAUCUCGGCGCUCUGACCGCGCAAAAGAGCUCGCUAAACCACGAAGUCUACCUGCGCUGCAUCCCCAUCAAAGACUACGUCACCGUGAUAGUGGACGAGGCGAAAAAGUUAGCGCAAGGGUCCGAAACCUACAGCCCCACCGUCAACAUGCUGUACAGGGACUUGGGGCACAAGGUUUACGCCAGGUACAAGGUGCUGAAGAAGCAGAAGACGGGCGUUUUGGACAAGAUUGUCAAAAUUCACAGUAAGUAUUGCACGGAGUACGCGUGUGAACACCCGGAAAUGAGUGUUCUGCCGGAAGAGGACGUUUUAUUGAAUCCGCGUCAAAGGUGGCAGUGGGCGGAACAAGGCGUCAGGGAUACGGGGGCGACUUUGGACAUGGACCAUCAAGAAUGGGUGCCUACCAUUCUGCAAACCAUCGGAAAAUUCCUAUACCACAUCAUUAUGCACGAUUUGAAGGUCGACGUUAACGCUAUAAGGCUAAAUAGCAAGACAAAGAAUAUGUUACCGGGUUUUUACACGAUAUUCCGCACGCAGGGUAGAAUAGUGAAGGAGGAAGUGAAACCUCACCCAGUUCUCUCAAAAUUAUACAGGGCUUCGAUGCCCGAAACUUUAACGUUUCCGGCGUACGAAGUUCCCAUGAAGUGCCCUCCGAUACCGUGGAUUUCCGUUGGUACCGGGGGCUAUCUGGUGUCCCCCGUGGACGUGGUUAGAAUGAUUUCAAAUGCCAAUUCUCAAAGAGAAAGGCUGGCGAACGCGCCAGCCGAACAGCUUUAUCCCAGUUUGGAUGCUUUAAAUCAAUUAGCAGCUGUUCCGUGGAAAGUGAAUCGGAAAAUAUUGGAUAUUAUUUUAAGUGUUUUCAACAAUGGCGGCUCGGCUAAAUUGGAUGUCCCCGAACCGAGCACAUCGCUUGCUCCGCCACCCCCCUACACCGCCGACAUGGACAAGCAGGAAAAGUUCCACAUAUUCCGCCAAAAGUUGCAGCACCGCAGAAAGAAGGCGGAAAUGUACUCUCUAUGGUGCGAUUGCCUCUACAGGCUCUCAUUGGCCAAUCACUUUAGGGACGAUGUGUUUUGGUUACCACACAACAUGGACUUCAGGGGCAGGGUGUACCCCGUGCCCCCCCACCUGAACCAUCUCGGUUCCGAUUUGGCGCGUUCCAUGUUGAUUUUCGCGGAAUCUCGGCCUCUGGGCCCCGAAGGUUUGGAUUGGCUGAAGGUGCACCUAAUUAAUUUGACCGGGUUGAAGAAGCGCGAUCCCGUGACUGAAAGACUGAAGUACGCGAACGAGAUAAUGCACCUUAUCCUGGACUCGGCCGAUAAGCCGCUGACGGGCGAGCAGUGGUGGGUGCGAUCGGACGAGCCCUGGCAGACUUUGGCGUGCUGCUUGGAGUUGGCGGAGGCGGUGCGCUCCCCGAACCCGGAGGAGUUUCGCAGCUGCUUUCCCAUCCACCAGGACGGCAGCUGCAACGGGUUGCAGCACUACGCGGCGCUGGGCAGAGACGCGGCCGGCGCGUACAGCGUCAACUUGGCGCCCAGCCACGUGCCGCAGGACGUCUACAGCGCCGUUGUCGCCUUGGUGGAGGAGCAAAGACAAAAAGACGCCGAGAGUGGAAUCGAGAUCGCCCAAAAACUGGAAGGUUUCGUAAAAAGGAAAGUGAUAAAACAAACUGUGAUGACCACCGUAUACGGGGUGACCAGGUUCGGGGCGCGACUCCAGAUUGCCAAGCAGCUCAAAGAUAUCGACGAUUUCCCCAAAGACUCCGUAUGGGCCGCCUCCUCAUAUCUAACAGGUAGGACCUUUGACUCUCUGAGAACGAUGUUCACUUCGACGAGGGAGAUUCAGGAUUGGUUCACCGAAUGCGCCCGAUUGAUUUCGGGGGUGAGCGGACAGCACGUGGAGUGGGUGACGCCUUUGGGGUUGCCUAUCGUUCAACCGUACAUCAGGAGCAGAAAAAUUCAAAUGCCCAUCUACGAAUCCUAUCAGAUGGACACUUUCGAAAAACCGAACGUUAUGAAACAAAAGAACGCCUUCCCCCCCAAUUUCAUCCACUCUCUGGACUCUUCCCACAUGAUGCUCACGUCUUUGCACUGCGAAAGAAAAGGCAUCACUUUUGUUUCGGUGCACGAUUGCUAUUGGACGCAUCCCUCUACAGUGCACAUCAUGAACAAGGUUUGUAGAGAACAGUUCGUUGCUUUACAUUCAGAACCCAUUUUGGAGGAACUUUCGAUAUUUUUGACGGAAAAAUACAGUUUUGAUGACUGGGAAUUAACUGGAGAUGGUUCAGCCACUGACGUUUCGAAGAAAAAAUUGAAUAAAGUGCUACGCCAGUUGCCUAAAACAGGAAAAUUCGAUAUAAAUCAAGUAAUAAAAUCCGUGUAUUUUUUCAGUUAGAUUUUUAUUUUUUAGUUUAUUUGUAAAUAUGUAUAUUGGUGCCAUUUGUUUGUAAUAAAUUUUUAUUGUUCUUA